AAAAAAUAAACCACAUUUAUUUCUUGUCAUCUCUGCAUAAAGAUGGCGAGUAAUAAUACUUUGAUGAUUGUACAGUGUAAUAUAGUAAAAGAUGCAAAAAAUGAUGGUACCUGUAUAAAUUUAUGUAUUCUUUUUAUAUAAUUUUUUUAAAUAAACUCGGCUAGUUUUAAGAUGGAAUAUCGCAUUCGUUAUUGCAAACCAAAAAGAAGCUUUCACAUUUUAAUAGAAAAUUUCUAUCAACUAAAUUAUCAAACUUUUUGUAUCAUGGAGCCAACUGUAUGUUGGUUAUAUACCUUGUAUCAUUUUUUACAAGUACAGGUAUGACACCCAGUCAAGCCGGUAUAAUUGUUGGUUCCAGAUAUAUUUCGCAAGUAGCAGGUUCAGCUAUUUUAGGCUGGUUAAUGGACCAAACAAAUCGUUACAUGCUAAUUACAUCAAUUUCAAUGGUUAUUUCUACAAUAUCAGUAACAGGGUUUGUUUUCUUGCCAUACAUAAUUUACGGAGUUUCUGAAACAGUUUUUUUAUCUAGCAAUGUCACAAUAAAUGUAAUUAAAAACAUAACAAACGACGCUGAAACGCUUAACUUCCUAAUAAAUAACAACACGCAAAAUACCAUGUUGUCAGUCUACCCAACGGAGGCAUUUUUUUUAUCUUUUUUUUUUUGCAACAUCUGCUCAUUUUUUGAAGGUAAUCAACUUGGCUCUCUGGAAGCAUUUACUAUUUUGAUAAGUCUUAAAUUAGGAAAGAAUAAUUCGUAUGCAUGGCAAAGGAUGUGGAGUAUGAUUGGUUAUGGAACAUUUUCACUUUUAAUUGGAAUUGUAAUUCGAUACGUACAAGUGACAUUCAUAUCCCAAUUCAUAGUUGCAUAUUUUAUGUAUUUUGUUAUUAAAAUUAUUUUGUUUUCCCCUUUUGCACACCUAGCACGUUAUUAUGGAAAGUCAUUAAAGCAAAAUAUCGCAGUGGAAUCGUGUAACUACUUGUUGAAAAUUACAAUGAAAAAGCCAAUUGUAAUGCUUUGCAUGUUACUUCAGUUUUUAAUGGGAUUUGUUGGAAAUGUUAUCUUUACAUAUCUUGCAAUUUAUAUGGAUAAAAACAUGAAAAAUGGCACAAUGUUGGUAUUAGGAUUGACAACAUUUUUACAAUGUCUGUUUGGAGCUUUAUUUUCGCCCUAUGUUGAAAUAAUUAACAGAAAACUAAAAAAUACUUAUUUCAUGAUAGCGCUUGCGUUUCUUGGUUACGGAUUAGGUUGCAUGCUAAUAUUUUUUGUUAAUGAUGCUUAUUAUGUUAUUGGAAUUAGUUUUAUUUAUGGUAUAUCAAGACCUGUGUAUAUAAUUACAAUGAAUCUAGAACUACAAAAAAUAACUCAUCAAAAAUGUCUUGUAUCAUUUUUAAAUAUAGCAAGCGCUAUGCAGAAUGGAAUUGGCGGUGGCAUAGGCAGUGUUGUUGGAGGUUAUAUAUAUCAGUAUUAUGCAGAUCAGCUUUACAUUAUAAUGGCGAUAGUUUGUCUGCUUACUGCAGUUGGUUUAUUUUGUAAAUGUUCGUAUGAAAAGUUAAAAGAGACAAGAGAUAAUAAGCAGUUAGUAGUUCAGAACAACUUACUAAAUCUUUGAUUUAAUCUUUUGAUAUAUCUUAAAAGAAAAACAUGUGAAUAACUUUUUAUAAAUAGAUGUACAAAAUUUGAAAACAUACGCUUUUUGUUUA